AACGAUACUAUUAUACAGUUAUCAAAACACUUGAACAGUUGAAGAUAUCGGACCCAGAAUCAACUCAAGUAGUUUAAAACAAAACAGAAAGAAAGUUGGCUGUAGUCUAUUUGGAACUGUUGAACAAUAUAGUAAAACAAGUUAACAUGAAGACCUGCUGUUUGUAUCAAUUGGUUGUAAUAUUGGUAAUAUGUUCUACGUUAUUUAUAACACAUGUUCAAACAAAGGCAAUUGAAGGGCGCAUUAUAUCCGGCACAGCAGCUGCACCCAAUCAAUUUCCUUAUCAUGUUAUUUUGAAAAAAGAUGAAUAUGACAGUGUACGUUGUGGUGGUUCCAUUAUUUCUGAUAGCUGGGUUCUAACCGCUGCUCAUUGUACCUCCGGCUUCACAUCUAUGCUGUUGGUAUUUGGCACCAUAGAACUGGCUAAUGAUGCCAUUAAUAUGACGGCUACACAAUUUUUUAUCCAUCCCCAAUACAAUGCCACCAACUUGAACAAUGAUGUUUCACUUAUUCAACUACCUACACCACUGACCUUCACCAGCAGCAUACAACCCAUUACUUUGGUUACUUCGUUGCAGGCUGCCAAUGGUUUUAUUGGUGAUCAAGCCACUAUUACCGGAUUUGGUUUGAUGGACGAUGAAUAUCUGGAUUAUUCGGAAGUGUUAUUAUUUGCUCAAGUACAAAUUGUCAAGAAUAGUGUUUGUUCAAUUGAAUUUGGCAAUGAUGUGGUAAAAGAUUCAACUCUUUGUGCCAAAGGUGCCAAUGGCAGCAACAUGUCAAUUUGCAGUGGUGAUUCUGGUGGUGCUUUGGUUUGGCAAAACGUAGAUGGUUCUUAUGUACAAAUUGGCAUUAAUUCGUUUGUAGCGGAAGACCAGUGCACGGAUAGUCUGCCCUCGGGUUAUGUAAGAUUAUCUUCAUAUUUGACUUUUAUUUCUAGUGUUAGUGGUAUUAAUGUUAGUUGAAGGUGAAAAUAAAUGGAAAAUGUAUUUUAUUGCAAAGAAAA